GCUCAAUGAUGUUACCCAGAGGUACUCCGGGUGGGCCAAGAGAGCAGGAAGCGGCAAUGAUGCAUGCUUAAUUUUGCAACUGCCCUCCCCUUGCCAUCUGAAGGAGGAUCUUGACAGUCUAAGAGUAGCUGUCAGCCAAACUCUUUGAGCCAGACGGUGUCCCCCUGAACACAGGAAGACAGAAAAGCACCCUUUGAGAAUGUCAAGCUCUCUGGUUGUUUGUGAGGUGGAUGAAAGUCUGAAGGAGAAACUGAAGAAGUUCAGAUUUCGAAAAGAGACAAACAAUGCUGCCAUACUGAUGAAAAUAGACAUGGAGAAACAGCUUGUUGUCCUUGAGGAAGAAUAUGAGGACAUCUCAAUGGAUGAGUUGAGAGAAGAACUUCCAGAGCGACAACCAAGAUUCAUUGUCUACAGCUACAAAUAUAUCCACUCAGAUGGAAGGGUGUCGUACCCUUUGUGUUUCAUCUUCUCCAGUCCAAUGGGAUGUAAACCAGAGCAGCAGAUGAUGUACGCAGGAAGCAAGAAUCAGCUGGUCCAAGCUGCACAACUCACAAAGGUGUUUGAAACAAGGAACGCUGAUGACCUGACUGAAGAAUGGCUCAAGAACCAGCUGUCAUUUUUCCGCUAAAUCUUGAAUAUGUCUGUUACUUUCAGUCUUUCCAUUUGUCAAACUUUUGAAUUAAUCAAUUCUGAAUGUCUAUUUUAGUGCUUGUUAUUGCUAUUAAAUAAUACACAGUGUUAAUGUGCCAACACUUCAGUAUUUAACUGUAUUAUUAAGGAGCACAGACAGCCCAUUAUAUCUCAGGCAGACUGUAAAAUUGAUUACUUAACACCAUUAAAGGAAAGAAAAAAGAUUUA